CCGUCGCAGCCAAAAUGACGUUGUACGUGUCGUAAUCAAUUGUGCGCCUGGCGGGAAUCUGGGGGUCCUUUGCUUUUGGAGUCGAUUUAAGUAUAAACCUUUUAUAAAAUUUUGACUGGAAGGUGAUAAAGAUCUUUUAUAGAGAAAACAUGCAGGCUUUUUUGAAAGGAUCUGCACAAAGUGUUAAGCCACAGAAGGACAAAGCCACAGCUUCGAGCAGUGGAGAGAAUAAGCGACAGAAACCAAUGCCAUGGGUGGAGAAAUACAGACCUAAGUGUGUGGAUGAAGUUGCUUUUCAAGAUGAGGUCAUUGCAGUUUUGAAGAAAUCACUAGAGGGCGCUGAUCUCCCAAAUCUUCUGUUUUAUGGUCCACCUGGAACAGGAAAGACCUCCACUAUCCUUGCUGCUGCCAGAGAGCUUUAUGGCCCAGAGCUUUACAAACAGAGAGUUCUGGAGCUGAACGCCUCAGAUGAGAGAGGGAUUCAGGUGAUCCGGGAGAAAGUGAAGCGUUUUGCUCAGCUCACGGUGGCUGGCAGUCGGCCAGAUGGAAAAUCAUGUCCUCCUUUUAAAAUCAUUAUUCUGGACGAGGCGGAUUCUAUGACCGGUGCGGCCCAGGCCGCUCUCAGGCGCACCAUGGAGAAGGAGUCGCGCACAACCCGCUUCUGUCUCAUCUGUAACUACGUCAGCAGAAUCAUCGAGCCUUUGACGUCCCGCUGCUCCAAAUUCCGCUUCAAACCCCUCGCCAACCAGAUUCAGCAGGAGCGUCUGGAGGAAAUCUGCAGGAAGGAGAAUCUCAAAUACAGUAAAGAGGGGAUUGAUGCUCUGGUCAAGGUGUCAGAGGGAGAUCUCCGGAAAGCUAUAACACUCCUACAGAGCACAGCCAGACUCAGUGCAGAGAAAGAGAUCACAGAGAGCAUCGUCAUUGAGAUCGCAGGGGUGGUUCCACCCAAAGUGAUUGAGAAUCUGCUUCAGACUUGCUACAAAGGCAACUUUGAAAAAUUAGAGAUUGCUGUGAAGAAUAUGAUCGAAGAAGGCUACGCUGCUACACAGAUCCUCAGCCAGUUCCAUGACAUUAUCAUCGAGGAGAAAUUGGGGGAUAAACAGAAGUCUGUCAUCACAGAAAAUAUGGCUGUCGUUGAUAAGUGCCUGGUGGACGGAGCUGAUGAAUACUUGCAGCUGCUGCACCUCUGCUCUGUGAUCAUGCAGCAGGCCACGCAGAGCACCUGAGCUCACUAGACCUUCAACAUAUGCUCUUCAUCUCACAAAAAUGUGAUUCAUUUUGUACAUUUAAAAAUAUUUGUAAUUAAAAAUGUUCUCUUACA